CCGGCGCCGGCGCCGCGAGCCCAGCCGCAAGCGGAGGUGAUUUUACUCGACAGCGAUUCCGAGAACAGCGACGUGGUCGAAGUUGGGCAUGUAAACAACGGCGCAGCGCUUCAACACCAGCCGCAAGAAACGAGGGAGCAGGCUUGGGAAAAUCGCCUCAAGGCCCGUCGAGAGAAGGCGUUCUUGCAAAAGGUUGGCAUGUCGCAUGAAAAGCUGAAGCGCAUUGUCUCUUACUUGGUGGGGGCAACUUGCGAGAACCGUGCAAGUGGUAGAGACCCUACGUCUAGCGCAUCGGCGGCGGAAAAUGCUGGAAACAAAAAGUGCUUCACCCUCUUUGGUGGCGAAACGCAGUCUAUGAACGAAAUCGAGAUCGGUGAGAAGGUUGCGAAGCUUUCUGAAAUUGAGAUUCUCGGUGGUGGACGAAACGUUGGUCCUGACGUGGCGCGGGAAAGACUGGCGAAGUUCCGAAGCGACUUUGUGGGCCAGCUCGGGUUUGCUCCGCAAGAGGUGGAAAGACAGAAGGGCAAUCUUGUCGCACUGCUGCAUCAUGGCGCGGACUCCUACCGCGCACUUUUGGAGAAUGCAGGAAAGAAGACGGAAGCUAACACAAACCACUACGAAUUCCGAAACUUUCUGUCGCUGCCACUGGCAUCCGAAGCAGGGAACGAUGCUGGUCAAGACUCGAAGGUGAACCAGCUCAGCACCACGGCAGACGUGGCUCCGCGUGUGCAUGCGAUCUUCGAGCAGCUGAUGAUAGCGUUCGAUGACAC